AUCUUAAAUCGCUUUAUCAUAAAUGUUCCUGAUUUGUAGCCCCUUUGUAAACCCUAUAUAUAUGAUUCUCAUCUUUGAUGAAUCCAAUCUUCAUCUUCUAGAAAAUGUUUCUCUCUGCCUCUCCAGUUUCUCAAACCGGCGUCCCGGCGUCCGUAACUCAACCUUCGAGUCUCUCCGUCUUGGUCGUAGUAGUCAAAGCAUAGCCUUUGGCUUCCUCCGCUUCUGGGAUUCCCUGAACUUCAAGAAAGACAAGGAGUUUGUGGGAAUCACGGUUCUCUUUCUUGAUGAAAAAGUAAGUUAAUCUUCGAUCUAUCACACUUAUUUAACAUAAUUAUUUUAAUUGAUUUUCUAAUUCUUUGUUGAAUAAUAUUAUUUGCAGAUUCCGUGAUUUAUGGGUUUACUCCCGUCAGACGUGCUAAUCAUUACAUGACAUCUUUGAAAGAAGGUUCCAUUGUGAAAGUCGAUCAUUUUGAGGUUGCUAGGUGCUCAAGGAUGUACACGACAACUGAUUAUCCAUUUCUCAUUCGUUUCAUCUCACUAACCAUUAUUGGUGAAGUCAUCACAGGUGCUCCUGAGAUCAAUCUCCAGUCAAGAUUAGAAUGUUCGACAAUUGCCAAGUGAUUGCGAACACAAACCUAGAAACUGGUAAACAUAGCAUAUUUGGCAGCUCAAAGCAAGAUUACAAUCAGACAAAUUCAAGUGUAAUGACAUACCAACAACUGAAACUGGUAAUUAGUCAACAACUUAUCCCAUAUUUUCCUUAUUCCUAAAAAAUCCACUAUGUUUCUGAUCUAUUUUUUCAUCUACGCAAUUUUAGCCUCUGUCAUGGAUAGCUAUCUCCCAAGGAUUGCAUUGACUAUGGUUUCUGGGAAGAAAAAGAUCUUGCUCCUGAAAAAAAGACUGUGACAACCCUGUUGUAAGAUUUUAGUUUGCGCAGAACAAAAAACCUUGAUUUCUUUUCUAUUUAGUAUAGUAAUAGUUGUUGACAAUCAUUAGUCAUUUGCCAAUAUGUUUUUUAUGCGGUAUUUCAGAACUAAUUUCUCCAUUCCAAGCGGAACUGCAGAUGGAAGCUAAUUUUUCUGGAAGCUCCUUGACUUCAAGACAAAUCAGAAGAUAUAUGUUAGUGGGAGGUUGAUCAAAGGAAUACUUCAGAGAAGUGAGACGGUCUAGCCAGACUUCAUCUUUUGUACAACCUGAGCAAAGAGUGGAACCUACAAAACACAAGAGAAGAAAAAACAAAACAAGAAAUUAACAUAUUCAGACAUUCUCUCUUACAUGUCUAACAUCUGGCGCCGACGAAACUCAACACCCACGGCAGACGAAGCUGAUGCAAGUAAACCUCUCAUCAAUCAUGCUUAAAAUCAAUCUACGUUUUUCAAUUUCACAAACUAAGAAACAAUUUUACCUACAUGAAUCGGGAAAUUAGUGCCCACAUUCCCAACAUAGAGAAAAAAAUGAGUUGAAGUCCUAACAGUUUUCUCAGUAUCAGACUAAACCACAGAUUCAGGGCUCAUCUAUUUUGAAACCCUAACAUUUUAAAGUCAUGCUUUUAAAAAAAAUUAUAUUUGGCCAUAUUUCAGACUUUUUUGUCACCCCCAAAUCAUCUAUAACAAAGUCCAGAAAAAAAAUAUAUAAAUAAAAUAAUUUUCUAAGUAUGUAAUUCUAAAAAUGUUAUAAUUUUUUUUAAAAUAUAUUACAAUUCUAUUUUUUUCUAAAAACAAUUGGUGAAAUAAGAGGAAAAUUUUAUUUUAUUGUUAUUUAAAUUGUUAAAUUUUUAAAUCUAAAUUUAUUAUCUUUUUUCAUGCCCUAUUUGAUUUAUAUACAAACAACUAACUAAGUAAACACUAACAAGUUCCAUCACCCUCAACUUUGAACAUAUAAGAUAUAAAAAUAUCAACAUAUGACUUCGUCAUUCAUUCUUAUAUCAAACUCAUCAACCUAUGUAAUUUCCAAAGUCUCAUCCAUCACAUUAUAGACAAAAAAACAAUAAAAUUCCGUAAACAAAACUAUACAAUGCACCUAUAAUGUAGCCGACCCCGUGCUUGCGCGGAGACUAUUCACCUAGUAAAGAUAGUGGAGUACUCGCAAUGUUUACCUCCUCCUCCUAUUUUUAAAACUAAAAUUAAGAAAGAGAGGAAUACUGCAAAUGGGCUUUUAUCUAACUCCCACUUGACACUUCUCCAUGGACGUUUUCAUGUCUCUGGAUGAUCUAUAAAAGGCCUAAGACUCUCUUCAAUAUCAUCUCCAAGCUUGUUCUUACUUUUCUUUGGUAAUACUCAACAAAAGCAAACGACCUAAGAAAGGGGAGAGAGAGAGAGUGAUGACGAACAAGAACCUUCUUGUCCUUGUGGUUCUUAUGAGCGUUCUUGGAGUUUCAGUUUCUCAGAAUCUUGACCUUAACUUCUACAAAAACAGGUGUCCGGAUGCAGAAGCCAUUGUCCGUCGUAUCACUGAUCAGUAUGUUUCUCACCAACCUAGUCUUGCCGCCGCGCUUCUAAGGUUGCAUUUUCAUGAUUGUUUCGUCAGAGGAUGUGAUGGUUCCGUUCUUCUGAAAUCUCCAAACAAGGAUGCAGAAAGAGACGCUCUCCCUAGUUUGUCUCUUAGAGGCUACCAAGUGGUCGAUGCUGCCAAGACAGCGUUAGAGAAGAAGUGUCCUGGUGUGGUUUCAUGCGCUGAUGUACUUGCCUUGGUCGCCAGAGACGCUGUCUUAGCGAUCAACGGACCCGGGUGGGCGGUACCACUGGGCCGGAGGGAUGGACGUUUCUCAAGAAAAUCUGAGGUUAAUUUACCAUCCCCAUUCACCGGAAUAGCUGCACUGAAACAGAAUUUCUCGGACAAGGGUCUUACCAGUAAAGACCUUGUCGUUCUCUCAGCGGGUCACACCAUUGGAAUCUCUAAUUGUGGUCUCAUCAACCGCCGUAUCUACAACUUCACUGGGAAAGGCGAUUUUGACACUUCGAUGAAACCUAGCUACGUUAGGGAAUUGAAGAGAAGGUGCAAGCCAACUGAUUUCACGUCCUCGGUUGAGAUGGACCCAGGCAAUGUCAAGACGUUUGACUCUAAUUACUUCAAUAUUGUGGCUCAGAGGAAGGGUUUGUUCUCAUCUGACUCAGCACUUCUUGAUGACCCUGAGACCAAAAGUUACAUUGACACACAAGUUGCUACUGCUGGAUCUUCUUUCAACGAAGAUUUCUCUGAGUCAAUGGUUAACCUUGGCUUCGUUGAAAUCCUCACCGGGAACAAGGGUGAGAUCAGGAAGAGGUGCUCCUCCGUAAACAAAGAUUCAUCAGUAUAAUAUAAGCUCUCUCUCUCUUUGGAUGAUUGAUUCAGCAGUUUCACAUUUGUCCUUCAGUUUGAAUGUUUUCUUUCUUUCCUUCCUUCAAGUCUGUUUUCAGACAAAGACUAUUUCAUUUUCCUUUGUAUGACGUUUUGAAAUGUAAUAUUUCGUUUCUUUAACAAUUCUCCUCGUUGUUGUUUGUUCACAUGUUCGUUUUCUUAUAUUUUAGCGAUACAUCUAAUAGACGUCAACGUUUUAUCCUUAUGAGUUUAGCGAUACAUGCAUCUAGUAAAUAAGGAUCUUCCUUAUGAGUUCCCAAAUUCUAACAUUCCUUCAAAGAAAUGAGGCAUAAAAAUAAACUCAUAUGGGUACAAUCCAUGCUAAGAAUUCCUGUGAAGGCUGUGUAGAAUGUCACUUGAGUUAUGUCCUUCGUUUCCGAUGCAAAUAAAAGGUUAAAGCCAACUCUGUGUGACAAAC